AUGAAACUGCAACUUCCUAACGCGGGGCUGGACGAGCGGAUCCCCAGCUAUGAGGAUCUGGAAAAGAUGGAAGAAGAGGACCUCAGCAAUAGACCCAAGUGGGACAACAAAGCCCAGUACAUCUUAACCUGUGUGGGUUUCUGUAUUGGGAUUGGUAAUGUGUGGCGAUUCCCUUACCUGUGUCAAAGUCAUGGAGGAGGUGCUUUUUUAAUUCCCUACUUCAUCCUGCUGGUGUUGGAAGGAAUGCCUCUCCUUCUGCUGGAAUUUGCCAUUGGUCAGCGUCUCAGGAAAGGCAGCGUGGGAGUGUGGAGGGCCAUUAACCCACAUCUGACUGGUAUUGGCGUUGGCUCCAUGCUGGUGUCGUUGCUGAUUGGACUGUACUACAACACCCUGAUAGCCUGGAUCAUAUGGUACUUCUACAAUUCCUUUCAGUCUCCAUUACCUUGGAGCCAGUGUCCUCUCAAUGAAAACAUGACAGGGUACGUACCGGAGUGUCAGGAAAGCUCCACUGUGGAUUAUUACUUUUACAGAGAGACUCUGAACACUUCAACCUCCAUCGCUGACUCUGGAGGAGUCCACUGGCCCAUCGUUCUCUGUCUGUUAUCUGCCUGGACAAUCAUCUGUAUCUGCUACAUACGUGGAAUCGGUACAUCAGGAAAGGCAGUGUAUGUCACGGCCAUCCUGCCUUACAUCGUCCUGGCAAUCUUUCUGAUCCGAGGACUGACUCUCAAAGGGGCUGUCAACGGAGUCAAGUUCCUCUUUACACCUGAUAUGGAUGAGUUGGUAAGACCAGAAACUUGGCUGGACGCAGGUGCCCAGGUCUUCUAUGCCUUCAGCUUGGCAUGGGGGGGUCUUAUCUCCUUCUCAAGCUAUAACCCUAUUCACAACAACUGCAUGCAAGAUGCCGUGAUGCUGUCGGCCAUAACUGGCCUCACAUCAAUCUACGCAGCCACAGUAACCUACACCAUCAUUGGCUUCAGGGCCACUGAGAAAUAUGACAACUGUAUCAGUGAAAACAUCCUGACGCUACUGAAUGCAUUCGGUCUUCCCGAGGACAACAUCACAGCAAACGGCUACGAAGCAGCCUACAAUCAACUGAACGCCUCCUAUCCUGACAUUGUUCUUGGCUUGAACAUCAAAACCUGUGACAUGAAUAAACUUCUCAGUGAGGGGGUGGAGGGAACUGGGCUGGCGUUCAUUGUUUUCACAGAAGCCAUCACCAAGAUGCCCGGUUCUCCAGUGUGGUCCGUCCUCUUUUUUGUGAUGCUCCUCUGCUUGGGACUGUCGACUUUAUUCGGCAACAUCGAGGGAGUUGUUGUCCCUUUGAAAGAUCUGAAUCUGCUACCUAAAAAAUGGCCCCAGGAAGCAUUGACUGGGGUAACGUGCUUUAUCGCCUUCAUCAUCUCCCUCCUGUUCGCUCAGAAUUCAGGACUUUACUGGGUGACCCUCUUUGACAACUUUGCUGGAUCCGUGCCCCUGCUGACCAUUGGAUUGUUUGAGAUGAUUUCUGUAGUCUACAUAUACGGCAUAGACAGGUUCAAUAAGGACAUUCAGUUCAUGAUCGGACGAAAGCCCAACAUCUUCUGGCAGGUUUCAUGGCGGUUAACUGCUCCUCUUAGCAUCAUGGUCAUUUUAGUUUUCUACCUGGUGACUCAAGCUCAGAAAGAACUCACCUACUUAGUCUGGGACCCGAACUCGGAGCAGUUCCCAGCUUUGGCCUCAGUUCCCUACCCAUCAUGGAUUUAUGCCGUCAUCUUUGUUUUGGCUGGAAUCCCCAGUCUGGUGGUGCCAGUCUAUGGACUGUGUAGGCUGGUGUUUGUGAGAUGUGUGAAAAAGAAACGCGUAGCUGGGAAAAUCAAACAGAUUUCUUAA